AUGUUGCGGAGGUUCAGGUUUGAUCUGCCGAAUCUGCAACACCAACUGGAGUUUGCAGAUCUGAGCAUGCAGAAGGUGGCGAUUAAGGAGAUUGGGACUGGGUGGCUGAACAAGAAGUUGCAGAAGAGUUUAAUGUCGGAGAUUUUCAUACUGAAGAAGAUUAACCACCCAAAUAUUAUGCGGUUGCACAAUAUUAUAGAGGUUCCUGGGAAGAUAAAUCUUGUUUUAGAGUAUUGCAUAGGUAGUGAUCUUUCUAUCUAUAUAGAACGCCAUGGAAAAGUGCCCGAAGCUCUUGCAGAGCACUUCAUGCAGCAGCUAGUCGCUGGUCUGCAAAUGCUUCGUGACAACAAUCUUAUACAUCAAGAUCUCAAGCCACAGAAUCUGUUGUUGUCCACCAAUGACAACAAUUCUGUCUUGAAGAUUGUAGAUCUUGGAUUUACAAGAUCCCUGUAA